AUGCCAUCAACGACCACUACAGAUUAUGCAGCAUCCGAUACAAAUCGUCAAAAGUUAUUAUUAUCCUCUCGUGCUUGGGAAACCUUAGCUACUGAUCAAAUUAAUCUACGAAGAACGAAUACAAACUUAUCGAAAGUUAGUAGUGUUGAGCGAGGAAUUCAUGGACGCCGGAGUGGUCAUAUAGAUCAUAGUCGACAUGGAGGCCCGGGAAAUCAAGAUUCAGAAGAAUCAAGUGAUGAAGAAGACGAUGAUGAAGAAGAAGAUCAAUUGCUCGAACGAACACGCCAAGAUCAAACUGACCUACCCUCUGAGUAUUGGCAAAUCCAACGAUUAGUCAAAUAUUUGAAAGGCGGCAAUCCAACUGCAACCGUCAUUGCAUUAUCUUCUAUUCGUGAUUUUAAUUUAUCAAUAGAAAUAUGUCAAUUAGCUAUUCGUGAUGUUGGAGGCUUGGAAGUUCUGGUUAAUUUACUUGAAACAGAUGAUAUCGAUUGUAAGAUUGGUUCAUUAUAUAUUCUCAAAGAAAUAUCAAUCAAUCCUACUAUACGUCGAAAUAUAGCUGAUCUUGGUGGUUUACAAACCAUGGUUAAAUUACUCGAUGAGCCCGAAAAGGAUUUAAAAUGCCUUGCCGCUGAAACUAUUGCUCAUGUUGCUAAAUUUAAACGAGCACGUCGAGUUGUUCGACAAAAUGGAGGCAUUAAACGAUUGGUUUCUCUUUUGGAAAAUGCUACUAUCAGUGGUCAUGGAUCCAAUUCUCAUGCUUCACAGAAUGAAAAUGCAAAAAAUAUUGAAGUUGUUCGUGCAGGAGCAUUAGCUCUUUGGAGUCUAAGUCGAUCAAAUCUUAAUAAAUAUGCUAUGCAACGCGCUGGUGUCAUUCCACUAUUGGCUAAAUUAUUAAAAAGUUCUAAUGAUAAUAUGUUAAUUCCUGUGGGUGGCAUUAUAGAAGAAUGCGCUACUGAUCCUGUUUAUCGAAUAGCAAUUCGAGGUAUGAUCCCUGAUCUUGUCAAAAGUUUAACAGGUGCCAAUGCUGAAUUACAAAAGCAUUGUGCUAGCGCUGUUUUUAAGUGCGCAGUAGAUAAAGAAAUACGUGAUCUUGUAAGAAAACAUUCGGGUCUUCGUCCUCUGCAUGAUCUCUUACAGCAAAAUGACAAUAAAGCAUUAUUAGCUGCAGCCACUGGCGCAAUUUGGAAAUGUUCAAUAUCACAUGAAAAUAUCGCACAAUUUCAAGAAUUUCGAACAAUCGAAGCACUUGUACAGUUACUUAACAAUCAACCAGAAGAAGUUUUAGUUAAUGUAGUUGGUGCAUUAGCUGAAUGUGCAAAAGAAAGCGAUAAUCGAACGACAAUUCGUAAAGCCGCUGGAAUAUCACCAUUGGUUAAUUUACUAACAGGAACAAAUCCAGCGUUAUUAGUGAACACUUGUCAGGCAUUACGUCAGUGUGCUGAAGAACCUGAAAGUGUCACAAUGAUUGACCGUUUGGAUGGUGUUCGAUUAUUAUGGUCAUUAUUAAAAAAUCAAAAUCCACAAGUACAAGCAGCAGCUGCUUGGGCUAUAUCACCAUGCGUAAAAAAUAUCAAAGACUCCGGUGAAAUGGUACGAAGUUUUGUUGGUGGCCUUGAAUUGAUUGUAUCAUUAUUAAAAUCAAAUGAUGUUGAAGUAUUAGCAAGUAUAUGUGCUGCUAUAGCUGAAAUAGCAAAAGACGAAGAAAACUUGGCUGUUAUCACAGAUCAUGGCGUUGUUAAACUUCUUUCACAUUUAGCAGCACGAACUGAAGAUGUACUUCGUCGCUAUUUAGCUGAAGCUAUAGCGGAAUGUUGUAAGUGGGGAAAUAAUCGACAAGCUUUUGGCGACAAUCAAGCUGUAGCACCGCUUGUUAAGCAUCUCAAGUCUUCUGAUCCUAAUGUACAUCGAUCAACAGCGAAAGCACUGCAUCAAUUAUCAAAAAAUCCCAUGAAUUGUGUUACAAUGCACGAAGCUGGUGUUGUUCGAUUAUUAAUGGAAAUGGUUGGAUCCAAAGAUGACGUACUUCAAGAGAAUGCUGCUAUAUGUAUUUCGUAUAUUCGUAGAUUGGCAUUAGCUAAUGAAAAAUCAAGAAACGGUUGA